UCCUCUUUGCUCUUUCUUUCUUUCUUUCAACUACUGCUCUUUCUUCACUGAUAUUUAUUUCCUUCAAGUUAGGGUUUUUAACUCCCUUUUUCUCUUUAUUUUUCUUACUCACAAUUAUGUACAACUUUACUAUGUUCUUUAUGAUUCAGCCUUGAUUAAGAGAAUGCAGAUCUGAGCCUGUUGGUUGUUGGGAUUGAUUUUCCUUGAUGAGUAUACGUCAAUUUUAUCGGAGUGAAGGCUGUAAUUGAUUUUGACAUUAACCACCCACAUAUAUCUUAUGGAUGACAGUGGGCAUCGUGAUAACGGAAGGCAUAAACCGCCUCAGGGUCAGUGGAUUCAGUUUUUUCCCCCAUAUUUCAGUGGUUGAUGCAGCAUCAGCCAUCAAUGAAGCAGAUAAUGGCAAUCAUGGCAGAAAGAGAUGCCGCCAUACAAGAGCGGAAUCUGGCCCUUUCUGAAAAAAAGGCUGCCUUGGCAGAGCGUGACAUGGCUAUCCUUCAGCGGGAUUCAGCAAUAGCAGAACGAAAUAAUGCAAUCAUGGAGCGGGAUAACGCCAUUGCUACUCUUCAGUAUCGGGAAAGCUCGAUAAGUGGUGGUGGUCAGAUUGCCCGGGGAGUGGUAAAACACAUGCACCAUCCUCAACAACAUGUACACGUACAUCAUCAGCCACAUAUGGGAGAACCUACAUAUAACCCGAGAGACAUGCAUGUGAAUGAAUCCAUGCCAGUUUCACCUGUUGCACCGGAGCCCACAAAGCCCCGUCGGAACAAAAGAGCUAAGGAGCCAAAGGCAAUGACGGGUUCCAAAAAGACUCCAAAAGCGUCGAAGAAAGUAAAAAGGGAAACUGAAGAUCUUAACCAAACGACAUUUGGCAAGUCACAAGAGUGGAAGGGUGCACAAGAGAUGGGCGAUGCAAGUGAUGACCUUAAUAGGCAGUUAGCUGUGUCAAAACCCGAUUGGAAGGAUCAAGACCUGGGGCUAAACCAAGUCGCAUUCGAUGAAACAACAAUGCCAGUCCCAGUUUGUUCCUGCACUGGAGUUUUAAGACCUUGCUAUAAAUGGGGAAAUGGAGGUUGGCAAUCCUCGUGUUGCACGACCAAUUUGUCGAUGUAUCCUCUACCAGCCGUUCCUAACAAGCGACAUGCCCGAAUUGGUGGUCGAAAAAUGAGUGGAAGUGCAUUCACCAAGCUGCUUAGUCGUCUGGCGGCAGAAGGCCAUGAUCUGUCAAAUCCAGUUGAUCUCAAGAACCACUGGGCAAAGCAUGGGACGAACCGCUACAUCACCAUCAAAUAAUGUUUCCGCUCAUUACAUUCCUUUAUUGUGGGUGAGAGAAGGAUUCUAUUAGCGCGAAUGUAAGUUUAUCGUCCUAAAAUGUCAGCUGUUUACUUCAUAGUUGUAUCAACGGGAGAUAACUGUAAAGAAGCAUUGUAUUCAGGAAACUUUCUGUUGUAUCAAACGUUGAUGUUAAUUUAUUGAAUAUCUAGUAUGAUGAUUACAUAAGGUUCUUGACUCUA